AAGAUCUGGAGAUUGGUUGCACAAUGAAAUGGAAGAGUUUGUGCAGAGCUCUGGCGAAAAUGGAAUUGUGGUGUUUUCUUUGGGGUCAAUGGUCAGUAACAUGUCAGAAGACAGAGCCAAGGUGAUUGCAUCAGCCUUUGCUCAAAUUCCACAAAAGGUGCUAUGGAGAUAUGAUGGCAAAAAACCAGAUAACUUAGGACCCAACACCCGGUUGUAUAAAUGGCUUCCCCAGAAUGACCUUCUUGGCCAUCCAAAAACCAAAGCCUUUAUAACUCAUGGUGGAAGCAAUGGUGUUUAUGAGGCCAUCUAUCAUGGGAUCCCUAUGGUGGGCACUCCUUUGUUUGUGAUCAAGCUGAUAACAUCGCUCGAAUGA